AUGUAUCCCUUAAGUUCACAGAAAAAAUUUUGGACCUUUAGCAGCAUGGAUCAGUUGAAUGAAUUGAGACAAAAACAAAAUCAAAAAUUUAUAGAAACUCAUGGUCAAGAAAUCGAUGAAGAGCAACGUUUGGAGUAUUUUUUAGAUGCCUCAGAAGAACGUUUACUAAUUAAACAAUAUGAAAUUUAUUUAAAUGAUUUUUGCCGGCGUUUUGAGCCCAUGAUGCCAAAAUGUGUGGUAGGCACUGCAUUCCAUUACUUUAAAAGAUUCUACUUACACAACUCCACCAUGGAUUAUCAUCCCAAAGAGAUUUUAGCUACAGUGGUUUAUUUGGCUUGCAAAGUGGAGGAAUUUAAUGUAUCGAUAGGCCAAUUCGUUAGCAACAUAAAGGGUGAUCGUAACAAAGCUAUGGAUAUUAUUUUAUCUAAUGAAUUGUUGUUAAUGCAACAUUUAAAUUACUAUCUAACAGUGCAUAAUCCCUAUCGUCCCAUAGAGGGUUUUUUAAUAGAUAUUAAGACCCGCAGUAAUAUGGCUAAUCCAGAACGCUUGCGUCCUCACAUUGAUAGUUUUAUUGAGAAAACCUUUUUUACCGAUGCCUGCCUGUUAUAUGCUCCCUCACAGAUUGCAUUGGCUGCCAUUUUACAUGCUGCUGGUCGUGAGCAGGAAAAUCUGGAUAGCUAUGUUACAGAUAAUUUGUUAAAUGGUGCCAGAGAAAAGCUGCCCGCUUUAAUUGAGGCCAUACGUAAAAUACGUUUAAUGGUUAAACAAUAUGAAAUACCUCCCAGAGAUAAGGUGAAAGCUAUUGAAAAGAAAUUGGAAAAAUGCCGCAAUCAAGAAAAUAAUCCAGACAGUGAAGUUUACAAAGAGCGCAUGCGCAAAAUGUAUUGUGAUGAUGAUUUAGAUGUUGUCGAAGAUACUUCCUACCACAUAGCAGACUCAAGUGCCGAUAUGUCUGUUUUGAACAUGAGUCAAUAGUUGAAGUUAUCAGCUUUUUUAAUUGUUUCGUUUGAAUAUUUUUUUUAUGUUAAAAGAACUAAAUAAAAUUUUUGAAAAUUUAACUAAAAAA